ACGCUGUAGCCGAGACAUCAGAGACCAACCCAAACACCCAGAGCACCGGUAGCCAGCCAGCUUACAGCCACGGCACAAGCACAGGCACAAGCACAAACACAAGCACAGGCACAGGCACAGACACCAUCAGCAUCAAACCACGCAUGGGCCAUAGCAUGGUGUUUGACUCGGCGCAACGGCAGGUGUUCAUCUUCCACGGCAAACGCGGCAAGACCAAUCUCAGCGACUUCUACGUCUACGAUUUGGAUAGCAGGCGUAUUGUGGAUGUGGUGCGAGAUAGCAG